UUCGGCUUUUAUUAUGCACCAUAUAUCUUGAACUUACUCAUCACUAUCACUUCAAUUUGAUUGCUAACUCGUUUAAUCUUAAAUAUGCUCUUUUGUUGCUCACUCUUCCACAAGAACAAUGAAUAAUCACACAGAGAUUCCGAUCACAACUAACAGCAACAACAUCAACAACCCCAACAACCCUUAUGUUCAUAUCUCCCCUGCUCCUCCUUCCUCUGCAUCAAACAACAACAACCGUCCUAAUCAAACAUUGGAUUCAAUAUGUGAUGGAUUUAACCGCUGCAGCAGGACGGUUGAAAAAGCUGCUAGACAUGCAGAAAACAUGGUUGAUAAUUUCUGGAACCAUAUAAGAAUAAGUUCAAGUCCAGCAGAUGCAGCAAUGGCAAGAAUUGUUCAAGGAACAAGGGCACUCACAAAUGGAGGAUCUGACAAACUGUUUCAACAAACAUUUGGGUUUGUACCAGGAGAGAGGCUAUUGAAGCCAUUUGCAUGCUACAUAUCAACAACAUCUGGACCUGUGAUUGGAACACUUUAUGUGUCCAAUAAAAGAGUUGCAUUUUGCAGUGACUAUCCAAUUUGUCACCAUCCCAUGUCCUUUCAGCACCAUAGAUCCUCCUGUAUUUACUAUAAGGUUAGGAUGUCUAGAUUACACUCUAUGGGUGCGGCCCUUUCCCGGACACUCUAUGACACAGAUAUGUAUCGUACAAAUAGACAUACAACACAGGUUGUAUUGGAGCUGCCUCAGGUAAGCACAGUGAGCCCUUCCACAAAUAGAUUCAACCCUUCAGAAAAAUACAUCCAAAUUGUGUCAGUUGAUGGUUAUGAGUUCUACUUCAUGGGGUUUAUAUCAUAUGACAUGGCUCUCAAGACUCUCAAUGAGGCACUGCUUCAAUUUCACAACUAUUCCGGUGGAAAUGGAAGGCUUCAGCUGCAGUGACAAAUGAAAAUGUAUGCUUAGAUCAAUCCCAUAAAAUGUGUCCAGAAAAAUAAGGUGCUUCCUUCAAUGUAUCUAUUCACCAAGACACUAAAGAAACAUUCUUGUUACACAAUGUUUUUCUGGUCUGUGUUAGAGCUUUGUUGCAUUGCACUUUUCAGUGGAAGCCAAUUAGAAUGAAUCUUUAUUAUGGCUACUAUAUUCAAAUUUUAUAGACACAAUGAAACCAACAUUUGUAAUUAUAGUCUUAGUAGAGAGAGAAUUUAGGAUC